AUGUACGAAAAGUGUUCAAUUAUCAAUGAAUUUAUUAAAUGUGAAUCAAAAUCUCAAUUCAAAGGUGCAUUCAUAUUGAUAAUUGUUGGUUUAAUAUUGGGGUUUGUUAUAUUCAUGAUUAGAAAAUUACAUCGUCCAACAUUGACGAACACUAUCAUAGCUGGUAUAACAGCAAAUCUAUUAUCGUUUGGUGUUACUUUAUUUUGUGGCUUCUUUGAAUUUAAAUACGUUGUCAUGGUUGCCAUUGUAGCAUUUGUAUUGGGUAUCAUUACUAUCUUAUUAAGUAUGAAGAUAACAUCAUUCCAAAGAAGAUGGAAGAUGAUCUUAUUUAUCAUAAUAUGUGGAUUACUAGUUAUAGGAUUCCUUUCUAUUGUAUUAUCUUAUUUCUAUUGUAUCUUUGAAAUUCUAUUCAAUACAUGUUGGAUUUGUUUAAUUCUACUUGCAAUUGUUUUCACUCCAUAUUAUUUCUACCUAAAUAAUGAAUCAACCGACUAUUCAUCCUAUUUCAUUGGUUUUAUAAAUGUAUUUGAAAUUAUCACAUUAUAUUUGUUUGUAUUAAUCACAUCAUUGGAUAUUGGACAAACCACAUUGAAAUGUGAUUAUGGCGGGAAUGAAUGAUCAAUCGAAAAAAGAUGAUGGCAAUGAUGGUGUUGAUGAUGAUAAUGAUCGAGCUAAAAUACAAAAGUUUGAUUCAAUUUUUAUUAAACAUUUACAAUCAUUGUAAUAUGAUUAUGUCAUAUUAUUGGGAUGUAUUUUUAUUAUGAUCAUGAUGAGAAAACAAAAAAGUAACUGAAAAUAUGUAUUUGUGGUCUUGACAACAAAGUUG